UAACGUAAUCCCUUAGCAGAAGAGCUCCGCCAUAGCUGCUGUUGUUGUUUUGGAAAGUCCGUCUAGUAGUGAAGAUAAAAAAGUUUUAAGAUGUCGUCCCCAAGUCCUGGGAAGCGUCGAAUGGACACAGACGUAGUUAAACUCAUAGAAAGUAAACAUGAGGUCACUAUUCUUGGUGGUCUCAAUGAAUUCAUGGUUAAAUUUUAUGGCCCUUCAGGAACUCCAUAUGAAGGAGGGGUAUGGAAAGUUCGAGUAGAUCUACCCGAUAAAUAUCCUUUUAAAUCACCUUCCAUAGGAUUUAUGAAUCGUGUAUACCAUCCCAACAUCGACGAAGUAUCUGGUACAGUUUGCUUAGAUGUCAUAAACCAGGCUUGGACUGCUCUAUAUGAUCUGUCCAAUAUUUUUGAAUCUUUUCUGCCACAACUGCUCACCUACCCAAAUCCAAUAGACCCACUCAAUGGUGAUGCUGCAGCUUUAUACCUUCACAAGCCUGAAGAAUACAAAAAGAGGGUUCGAGACUAUGUACAGCGGUAUGCUACAGAAGAAGCUCUUAGGGAAGCUGAACAUGCCUCUUCUUCCAGCGAAUCAUCUAUGAGUGACUUUUCAGAAGAUGAAGCUCAAGACAUGGAAUUAUAAUAGUGGGACUGUGACCCUUGUGUGGGGGUCCUUUCACUUAGCCUUUUUUUUUUUUUUUUUUUUUGUUAAAUUGUACAAUCCCUUAAAACUCAUAAUGUAUAUAGGCUUGUGUCCCAAAAAUAACAUUGAGGGUUUGUCCAUCUGUGACAGUGGAAACAUUAAAUUGAUUGAAAUGUAUCCCUUUUAAGAAUAUUAAUUAUUUAUUUUUAUCUAUAAUACUAGUAUUUUUAAAUGUAUACAAAAAAUAUGAAACUUGUUAAUUAAUUUUAAGGGCAUUAUAAAUGGGAAAGUUUUAAAUAAUUGAUUUCUUUCUUAGAAAAUAAUGAGCCAUGAAAGAUAUAAGUUGUAUCUAUUGUCACAGAUGGUACUGAACUGUACAUAAUGAUUGGUCACGUUUGUUUAAAAAAAAAAAUUCAAGCAAAUUUUAAAAAGUUAAAUUGUUGCAGUUUAAGGAGUUUUUUUUUGUUUUUUUUUUUGCUAAGUUUUUAUUUCAAACAAUGUGUCUGUUAGAUUUUGUUGUUGUCUGUGGGUUGUAGGUGACUCCCUCCAACAGUAACAUUGUCAAUCAUUGCUUUGUGAACAAUGCUGGAAAUGAAGCUUUAUUUACCCCUAUGACUUGUGUAAUAGUGAGACAUUGGGCCUUGUAUAGUAGUUCAAUGUUGUUCUCUCAGUUUUUACUGAAUGAUGCAGUAAACAAGAUUAUAGAUCUUAUUGAUUGUUGUUUUCACAUCACAUCUUAUUUUUUCUUGCUUAUCAGUAGUAGACUGAAAAUAUAUUGACCAUGAAGUAUGACAUUUGUUUUGUUUUUUUUUCUUUUCACUUUAUUUACAUUGUCUCUAUAUCUUAACACUAAUUGUGUAUUUAUAUUUCUUCAUUGUAACUUUUCAAUGUUUUAACUUUAUAAAUCAGCAAAAAAGAGUAGCUAGUUCUGAGUUUAUGAUGCUACAUGUCUGUCACUUUUGAUCAAUAGUUGUGUUUAAAAUGUAUUUGUUUUUCAUUGUUCUCAUGUCAACCAGUAUCUGUAUGUAUUCACCCCAUCUAGUUGAGUGUCAAUAUGUCCUUCAAUACCAUUGGUUUGCCUGAUAUGUCUUUCAUUUUUUGUUAGAGCUUUCUCUUGCUCCAUUAAGUGGACGCUGAAGGAUGUUGAAUGGCCACUCUUACAUUGAUUUUUGUAUCAUUUUAUUUUUGAGUUAAAGGUUUAGUAUACUUUAUCAGACUUUAAAUAGAGGCCUUAAGUUUUAAAUCCAAAUACAUCUUUUUUUUUUAUUAUACAUAAUUCAUUUAAAAAGGAAUUUAUUUCAGUAUUAACUAUUACAAAAGAAUUCCCUAUGACUUUUCUUCAUUUGAGAAAUGGAUAGUAAAAAGAAACCCAAACUAGUUUUGAUUUGUUUCAUUGAAAGAUCAAAUUAGUUCAAUAAGGAUAUUUCAUUUAGGAGCCAUUUCACAUCCAUAGCUAUUUUAAUCAAGAGUCAUAGUACAUGUGCUCUGUUUUAAUUUUGUCUGUAUUUUUCAAAGGUCAUCAUUGUAAUUGCCUUUGAAGUGUGUCUGUAUUCCUACAACAGGCUGCCAGUGUCACAUAGUUCAAUGGCAUAAUUCAUUCAGAUGUUUCACACAUUUGCCUACUUUUUCUUUUUGCAUGAACCUAACUCAACAUAGCAUCAACAUGUGUAAUGAUAUUUGUAUUUGAUUAUAAGAUGACAAUACUAAGAAAAAAUCCAUUUAGGUAAUUCACAGAAACCCCAUCUCCUUUUUCUAAACUAAUAUUGGCACUAUUUUUGUAGCUGUUCCAUAGUUCACAAGCUGAAAACACUCAUGUAAAUCUGUUAGAAAUGAUACUAUUUUUUUUAUAAAGAAGAAAUUAUUCUAUAAGUAAUUUCUAUGUUCUUUUUGUUUUGUUUUAUUUUCUUUUUAGCCUUAUUAGUUUUUUUUUGUUUUUAUUUAUUUUUAAACUCCUUAAAUUUUUUAAACCCUUUUUUAAUUUUAAAGAAAGCAAUGUCUUAUUACAUCAAUAUAUAUAUUUGACAUUUUGUUUUCAUGCACAUUUCAUUGUCUUUAAUAUGUCAUGGACAUUUUCAUCAUCUUCAUAGAAACAAAGUCUAUAUAAUUAUGCACCUGAAGAUCCAAAUAAACUUUUCAGGAAUUAAAAA